AUGGAGGUGGAAGUGUCGAAUAGGGAGGUCAAACAGAUCCUCCAAAAGACUGUGAAUGCCCAAAGAAAAGAUUGGGCUGACAAGAUAGAUGAUGCCUUGUGGGCGUAUCGGAUUGCAUACAAGACACCGAUAGGGACUUCUCCUUAUCGAAUGGUGUUUGGGAAAGCUUGUCACCUACCAGCUGAAUUGGAGCAUAAAGCAUAUUGGGCAAUCAAGAAGCUAAAUCUAGAUGCUGAGUUAGCCGAUAGGAAGUUGAAGUUGUUUCCCGAAAAGCUUCGGUCUAAGUGGAGUGGUCCUUUUGAAGUGGUAAGGAUUACUCAACAUGGUGCUGUGGAGUUAAGAAACAAGGAUAAGAGUUGUACUUUCCUUGUGAAUGGUCAAAGGGUCAAGAACUAUUUCGGGAAUGUUGUGGAUCGUGAGCUUGAAGCGCUCACAUUGAAUGACAAAUGA